UACCGGAAAUCAGCUGGGUUCUGACUUUUUUGACACGACCAAAUCGAACAAAUCACCAAAUGGAACAACGCAAACGUCAAAUUUAACUGAAUUUCACAAUAAACAUAAGAAAUGUCGCGAUGUCAAGUGUCUAUCUACUCGGAAAAUUCAAAUUGUGUUUUGAAUUUGUUGGGUUAUGUUUAAACUGCGUGCCCCGAUAAUGAGGUGAUGAUAGCAAUAAUAGUUGCUUGUUUUUGCAUUGAAAUUUCGGAAUCAGAAGGAAAAGAGGAUGUACGAUAGUUGAUUUUGAGCAGAAAGUGUUUGGAUUUACAUUUGGUAGCAGGAAUAUGACAAUGGCAGCUAAAAUCUACCAACCUGAUCAGGAACUCGAAACUAAGGUUAAGAAAGCCACCGAGCGGAUUUCUGAAAACAUGCAUAUAGUGGCCAAUGAACCCUCUCUCGCAUUCUACAGAUUACAAGAGCACGUAAGAAAAGCUCUUCCACCAAUGGUGGAAAAACGAGUGGAAGUCCUGGCUCUCAGAAAUCAACUCCAGGGACGAUGUUACGACGUCGAAUACGCAGUGAGCGCAAUAAAAAAUGUAAAGGGCGCGGAUAAGAGUUUCGAUAACACAAUUGAAUUCAUAAAAAAUGCAAUGUUCUAUAAGCAACAGUUAAAAUACGAGGAGCAGCGAAGGAAUAAAAAGGAGGGAAACAGGGACUCAGUUUAUAAAAGACUCUCGGCACACAUUCCUACUUUUGAUAAUUUAAUGCCGGAAGAGUUGUCUGAUGUUGUUAGAGAAGGUGUAAAUAGGGUUGAAUCGAUGAUGAAUCAUGUUGUGCAUUCCAGCGAUUCACAAAAGACGAAUCCAGCGCAUAAUUAAUAUUAUAUAUCGUGUAAAUGAAGCGAUUCAACGGUAUUGUUUGCAUGCUUUAAUAUUAUUUUUUAUUCUCCCCGGAAAUGGGUUUUAUUCGAUUCUUGUAAAUAUUAUAGAGUGAUUUUUGAAAUUGUGUGAGCUUUCUCUUUAUUAUCGAUUGAUUGUAAUUUAUGAAUUUUGUGUGUAUUAAAUUUACAGAGUUACGAAAAGUAUUAAAUCUUGUUAAAACUUUAAA